AGGGAUACCAAAUAUGUGCCCACUAGUGGACACAAAUGGAAACUUAGAAUAUAAACCAUGGUCAUUCACAGACAUGGGAGCUAUCCUUGCAAAGUUACCUCAUAUCACGAGUGGAGGGGGUAAAUGGAUAGGGAAGGUAAUAACUUUGACGCAGGGCCAUACGUUGGCGAUAGGAGACCUGAGGGCAUUAUUGGGACAGGUACUGACUGUAGGACAGAUCACGGAAAUUGAGCAAGAGGCAGGAACGGUUGGGAUAUAUGAUGACCACCCAUAUUGUCAAGUGGCAUCAGUUUGGGGAAAGGCCCUGCGAAAGCUGUACCCAGCGCCAGCAGGCACUCUUUAUAAUAUCAAAUUUUCUCCAAAAGGGGAAGAAACAGCAGCAGCAUACCUGAGUCGAUGCAAAGGAGAAUGGGAAGAGCACACUGGGGCUCAUCCACAUGCAGACAAAAUACACGAACAAAUGUUCAGAGCUGCUGUAUUGGAAGGAACUCCUAAAUCUGUACAAGAUGAAAUAAAAGCCAACCCCGAUUUACCAGGUGCUGUAUGUGAGGUUUGGGAACGACAUUUCCUUCAUCACAUGUCAAGGGCGAACGAAAAAGAAAAAGAAAAAGUAGGGGAAGUAGAGGAAUUGAAAAAACAGUUGCUAAAAUUACAGUUGCAUGAGGCCAGAUCUAAAAUAAAUGAAGAAAAAGGGAAAAAGAAGGAUAAACAAAUGGUAGUUCAGGAAAUGAAAACCCCUCCAAGAUUUAACAAAGAACAGGAAGCUGACCAAUCAAAUGUUAAAUGGGAAAGAACCACCCAAAGACCAAUGUAUUACUCCAAUAGAGGUAGGGGUGGGGAUUACAAUCGAGGGAGGGGAAGAGUACAGUAUCAAGACGGGUGUUUCCGUUGUGGUCGUCCGGGACACUUCUUUCGUGAGUGUCGGCAACCUGUUAGCGGACCCCAACAGAGACCAUACCGGGGCAGAGGCCAUAACACACACAUGGCCCCUAACGUGGAAAAAGCACCACGACCACACUCCCAGUACCCUUUGUCCACUGGAGGGGAAGGGGAGUGGUACUGAGACAGCCCACGGAACGACCUCAGCAGGGUUAGGGCGGAACCCUUGCUGACUUUGGAGGUGAACUCACGUCCUGUUGAAUUCCUGGUGGAUACUGGGGCAACAUACUCCACAUUGAACUAUGAACUUCCUAAAAAUCUUAUUUCAGACGAAACCACUGAAGUAAGGGGGUUUUCCGGGGCUAUAACUAGACUGCCAUUCUCCAAAGAACUCACAGUGCAGUGCACGAAAAAACAAUCACUGACUCACUCUUUUCUGCUGUCAUAUUCCUCACCGACAAAUUUGUUGGGAAGAGACUUGCUAGUGAAACUUGGAGCUGAGAUCCUAUGCAGCCUGGAGGGGAUUAUAGUAACUAUGAAAAAUGGUAUCACCAUGAACUGUUCCAUCAUGACCACAAUGAGAACGCAUGGACAUUGGUUACUUUCUGCAAACACCUCUCCACAGGGAGCUGACAUUUAUUGGGGGAGGGUGCUUCUGGGGGACACAGGGGACACCCUGAAUGAUCUGUACUGUCAAUGGGAACCUUGGAUAUUAUCAUUAGCGCCAUACACCCAGCUAAUAGAUCCACUGCAUGUCACUUUGUUUUAUGAUAGAACACAAGAGUACUGGUACCAAGAACAAUUUGAUAACAUCGCAGGAGAACAAUGGGAAAUUUGUGGGGCAGGAAUAAUGAUAGGCAAAGAGGGAGUGGCAGCUAUAGUAGAACUUACCCCCGAACAGGAACAAUGGUAUAGAAUGAGGGAAGAGGCAUCACCCCAUAUAUCAUUAUUAGUACAUCCCCAACACCAAGCUAAAGAUCUAGGACCAAUGGUAAAGAAGGGAAUAAAUUUAACAGAUUGGAGGGAAACCCAACUUCCUGGUGUAAAAUAUUCACCUAGCUCAGGGUAUUAUUUGAUCACACAAGAAACAAAAAACACUGUAGUGUUGGAACACGAAUGGCUCACAAGAUGGCAUGGUAGGGAUAAAAGUGAUCAUGAAAAUGAUGAAACAAUGUUGAAAAGUUUGCCCGA